AUUAAGAAAUGCGGAGCGUUUUCUUGUUUUUCAUAUACACGCUUAAAAAUAUACAUUACUCUUCAGAACUCGCUGGGCCGGCAUUUUUUCAACACUUGUGUAAACAGUGACUUUCCGUAUAUUGAACUACUUUCAGUGACAUGCAGUAAGUUGGUUGAAUUUAAUUUCAGUUGUAAUUGUAAAGCCAACGAGGCAACAGCUGAGGAUUGCUCUCCGAUAAUGAAGCCCCAACAGUUCAUAAUUUUAGCGGUGCUGACUUUUUUUAGUCGAAAUGUGAAAGCGGAUUACUAUACAUCUGUUAUAAGUUUAAGUGAUUUACUGGAGUUAGAAAGGAAGGCGAUUACAUAUCUGGAAACAUAUAUGGAGAAAACGGAGGCAAUUAGUCGGCAAGUUAAUGAAACACUAAACGAUUUGGAGCAGGUUUCUCAAGAGGCCGAAGACGACUUCUAUGAACACUAUUCUAAUCCACUGAAUGCGUAUAAGAUUAUUAGGCGCUUUGUGAUCGAUUGGCAGAACUUAAACAAGACUGUGUUCGCAGAGCAACCCGCACGAGAAUAUAUUGCUAAUAUCACCGAAUUGGAAAAGAAGGACGGUUUUGAGCUCCCCACCAGUGAAGAUUUGUUAGGCGCCAGCAAAGGGUUAGCGCGUUUACAGCGCACCUAUCAACAAGAAACCAUUGAUGUGGCUGGUGGCGACCUAAUGGAAAUGAACUUUUCUUCCAAUUUUACCGCGAGCGAGUGCUUUUGGUUAGGCCGAAAUUUGUAUAUAGCAGGAGAUCUUAAGUAUGCAGCCGAGUGGCUUAUACAGGCGCGCAUCCGUUUGGCCGAGGAAAGGAAAGAGUCUAAUGAAGAGUUUAUAGGGCAAAUCACCGACGUGCAGAUCCUGGAGCAGUUAUCGAUUACCAUGUUUUAUUUAGGUAAGAGCAAGCUGGCUUUGCUUUUCAUUGAUGAACUUUUGGCCCAAGAUCCCAACAAUGCACAUGGUUUGAGCAAUAGGUUGAACUACUCUAAUAAGGCAGUUGCGGAGCGAUAUGACAUUUCAAAUGAGGAUGAAUCUAAAAAAUUUAUGCAGCGCAGCGAACUCGACGAAAUCUUCGACCAGACAUGCAAUGGUGAACUGCAGCAAACACCGCGCGAAAAACGUCGUCUACGCUGCCGUUAUGUGCAUAACAAUGUGCCCUUCCGUUUUAUAGCGCCCUUCAAGAAGGAAGAGCUGAACCUCGAUCCAUCUAUUGCAUACUAUCAUGACAGCAUAUAUGAGAAAGAAAUUGAACAAAUAUUCGAUGCAUCCGAAAAUUAUGUGGAGAGAUCUACGGUCGGCGAUUUAAAUCACUCAGGUUACUCGGACGUACGUACAAGUCAAAAUACUUGGCUCGAUUUUGCGGCUUACCCAUUUUUGAAUAACAUCGCACAACGGCUAAGGGAUGUAACGGGUCUGUCUUUGGAAUCCGGUGAGCAUUUACAAGUAGCCAAUUAUGGCUUAGGAGGUCAUUACGGCGCUCAUUAUGACUUCUCGGAGAUGUUCGAAAAAGAUGAGUAUAAUGGUCAAGGAAAUCGCAUAGCAACCGCAUUAUUUUAUAUUAACGAUGUGGAACUUGGUGGUGCUACCGCUUUUCCCUAUCUGCACUUGUCUGUGCCCCCCAUUAAGGGCAGCAUGAUCGUUUGGUACAAUUUACACAACUCGCUAGAACUGGAUUAUCGCACAAAACAUGGCGGUUGUCCGGUGUUGAUGGGCUCAAAGUGGAUCUGCAACGAGUGGUUCCACGUAACUGGACAGGAAUUCCUUCGGCCUUGCGGUAAAGAGCAGGAUGGUUAUAAAUCAAUACAAUGGAAAGAUUUGUACGAAACGAAAGCAGAGCAUUAAAAAAUUAAAGUGAUUUCAUUAAACUACAGUAAAAAUUUUGUAACAAAAUAUUGUAUGUACAUAUGUGUGUAUCUGUGUAAAAUUAAAGAAAAAA